UUAUAUAAAAACAAUAAACCACUUAGGCCUAUGUUUAAGAAGAGCAAGGCUGUAUAAAUACCACAGUCACGAGAAGUCGCCGCUUAUUCAGUCUGCUACAGGUCUCGAGUUCUGACUUCAACUAACUAUAAUAAUAAUUCUUUAUUUUUAGUAUAGCCUACUGUUUUGCAACUCCUAUAGAUGUCAAUGGCUAUAGGUGAUUGGUGGUUGUUUAAUUUUGAUUUAUUAAGUAAAAUCAAGAUGUAUAGCGCAAUUCUAUGUUGAGCACUCAAGACUGUAUGGUACCUGUCAUACGCGCUCUUCUUUAUUCAUAGCAAUUUCUCUAUUAAGAAGAUUAAGAAGAAAAAAGAUCUUAUCACACAUUUACAUCGUUUCUUUGAUAUAAACGGUGCUUGUGAUAGUAAUAAAAUGGGUUCAACUUUACAUAUCACUUUAUUAACCCUGUCCUUAAACAACGUUGUGCUGUCGGAAUUGUUCCACUCGGAGGAGACCAUACCCGUCAUAAACAGUGUGAAGACCAGCGGUCGGCUCUGGAAAAGGAGCGAGGAUCAACAUAGCUUCAGAUUGACAGCUUUCGGCCAGGACUUCACAUUGAAUUUGACUCCGGAUGACUCGUUUGUUGCUCCAAAGUUAACCAUUCAGCACAUACAAUCGAAACAUCUGGCUGCGCUUUUCAACGGAACCAGAUCAGGGCAUUUUACCGGUGGUAUCAUCAAGCCAGAGGGGAAUGGGGACGAGCUUAAAGGCUGCUUCUUCUCAGGGAAGGUGGACACCGACCAGGAAUCUGUUGUCGCGGUGAGCCUGUGCCACGGGAUGCAAGGGUUCUUCAUAGCGCAUGGGGAUGUGUAUCUAAUUCAACCCAAAGUUAUUGGCCAUGGUAAAACAGAGAGAUCAUUCUUGCAGGUGCACAUUAUAAAAAGGAGAGUUUUGACCGAAUUACAACAUUUGUCCAAGACUUUCCAAGCGUUUGAUCAGGUGAAGGAUAAAAGCCGUCUGGCCACAGAUGACGGCACUGCAUAUCCUGUUGAUGAUGCUGAGCUAGCGACGGGACGGAAGCGACGGUUUGUCUCCUCUCCAAGAUAUAUCGAGACGCUGGUCGUAGCCGACGCUUCAAUGACACAUUUCUAUGGAGACGAAAUAAAGCACUACCUACUGACUCUGAUGGCAGUGGCGGCGCGGGUCUACCGCCACCCCAGUCUGAAGAACUCAGUGAGCCUGGUGGUUGUGAAGAUGCUGGUGGUGGAGGACGAAGAUGUAGGGCCCCAGGUGUCCAGCAACGGAGGAAUGGCCCUCAGGAACUUCUGUAACUGGCAGCAGCUCUUCAACCCCUCCAGCCAGAGGCACCUGGAACACUACGAUACAGCCAUCUUAUUCACCAGACAGGACAUCUGUGGUCAGAGGAGCUGUGACACCUUGGGGGUGGCUGACGUGGGCACCAUGUGUGACCCCAAGAGAAGCUGCUCUGUAAUAGAGGAUAACGGUCUGCAGGCCGCCUACACCGUGACACACGAGCUAGGUCAUGUACUCAGCAUGCCUCAUGACGACUCUAAUAACUGUAUCAGAUGGUUCGGACACCUGGAUGGGCCACACGUGAUGGCGUCUGUGUUCUUUAGCCUCAGCAAGACUUUGCCAUGGUCACCAUGUAGCGCACGCUAUGUCACAGAGUUCUUCGACAAUGGAUAUGGUGACUGUCUGUUGGAUCCUCCAGAGCAGACUCUCCCUCUCCCUGUUGAUCCCCCUGGUGUCUCCUACAACCUGGACCGUCAGUGCCAGCAGGCCUUCGGGGAGGAGUUCAGCCUGUGUCCGGACACCCCAGAGGACCAGACUUGCAGCCAGCUGUGGUGCCGGGAGGAGGGCCAGCCACACUGCACCACCCGGAACGGCAGCCUGCCCUGGGCUGAUGGCACGCUCUGCUGGGCUGGGGCUGGAGCUGGAGCUGGGACCAACACCACCUGUCAGGGAGGUGUCUGUGCUGCAGUGACUGAUCAGCAGAAAAGAGAGGAGCCUGUGGACGGAGGUUGGGGUGUGUGGGGCCCCUGGGGGUCAUGCUCCAGGUCAUGUGGCGGAGGGGUGGAGUUUUCCCAGAGAGAAUGCACUGAUCCCAAGCCACAAAACGGAGGAGCAUACUGUGCGGGACAGAGAGCCAAGUACCAGACUUGUCACAUACAGGCCUGCCAAGAUGAGCAUGGUAAGAGCUUCAGAGAUGAGCAGUGUGAGAAGUACAACAGCGACCGAUACCUGGACAUCCAUGGGAACAUCAAGCAGUGGAUCCCCAAAUACAAUGGUGUCUCACCCAGGGACAGGUGCAAACUGUUCUGCAGAGCAAGAGGCAGCAAUGAAUUCAAAGUCUUCGAGGCCAAGGUUGUUGAUGGCACCACCUGUGGCCCAGACACCACCUCCAUCUGUGUCCAGGGACAGUGCGUCAAAGCUGGCUGCGAUCAGGUGAUCGGCUCCAGUGUGAAGCUGGACAAAUGUGGCAUGUGUGGGGGUGAUGGAACAACCUGCAGGAAGAUCACUGGAUCGAUGAAUAAAGCCAUUUUCGGCUACAACGACAUUGUGACCAUUCCGGCUGGGGCCACCAACAUCGACAUCAAGCAAAAGAGCCACCGCGGGAUCAGACACGACGGCAACUACCUGGCCUUGAAGACAGAGGUUUCCUACAUCCUGAACGGGAAUUUCUCUGUGUCCACAGCAGAGCAGGACAUCCCAGUCCUGGGCGCCGUACUCCGGUACAGUGGUUCCUCCACCACCCUGGAGAGGGUCUUGAGUUACCAGAAGCUCCGACAGGCAGUCGCUGUCCAACUCCUGUCCACAGCCGGAGACGCCUCUACCCCUAGGGUCAAGUACAGCUUUUUCCUCCCCAGGGAUGUCCCCUUCACCAAGCCUGGAGCUGAGGGUAGAGCUUCGCUACAUGCGAUUCUGCCACUAGGGGGCUCAGAGUGGGCUCUGGGGGAGUGGUCCGAGUGCUCCAAGAGCUGUGGUUCAGGUUGGUCAAGAAGGAACGUAGAGUGCCGGGACGGGGCAGGCACCCUGUCCUUCUCCUGUGAUGAGGACCUGCGGCCGGUAGAUAUCCGGCCGUGUGGGGACCUGCCCUGCCCUGUCUGGCAGAUGGGUCCCUGGUCGGCAUGCUCGAGGACAUGUGGUGUGGGGGUGCGCCAUCGAAGCGUGCUGUGUAUUGACUACACCGGUAAGGUGGUGGAAGUAGGAAAAUGUAACCUCGCCAAGAGGCCAGAGGUGGUUUCUUCAGAGUGCAGCUUCCAGGACUGCUGAGUCUGUGCUGAUAAAGCAGGAAGGGAAAGGGCAGUUGGUGGCAGUGGUGGGAUCCAAGGCCGAGGGAAGUAGUGUAGGAAGCUGGUUAGUUAGUCAACUAACCAGUGCAACAACCCUUUCCCAACCUCCAAAACCCUGCUUCAGAGACAAGCAGGGAAGCUAGAAUAAUCAAGAGUGGUCGGUUCACUAUAUCGGCCAGAACCAAAACUGUGGUUUGGCUUGGUUGUAGAAAUAUUUCACAUUUGAUAGAUUAACUUAAUUAUUUCAAUGUUUAUUUCCUUGAUGAUGUCAUAGCUUCAAAACGCCUAUUGACGGUUUGUUUUCCAACAGAGAUCUACCUCGAAGGAUGUAAAAAUAAUCAACUAUCACUUCUUAACCUAAAGUUUCUGUUUGCAUCUAGCUUAACACAUUAUCAAAGGUACAUCUUCACUUUCCACAAAUGCUGCUGAUAGUCCACUGGAGUGGUUGAAUAGCACUGUCAUUCAUUUUUGUUGGGUCACAUGCCCCCCAUUUGAACACACAUGCACCUCAAAUCGAUUCAAAGUAUACUACCUAAUCAAAUCAAGUGACAUUCAAUAUUUUAGGGAAUAAAGAAAAACCUUUCAUAUGAAUAGAGAGACAAUACCUCAAAUCAAAUGUUAUUUCUCACAUGUGCUGAAUACAACAGGUGUAGGUAGACCUUAAAUGCUUACUUACAAGCCCUUAACCAACAAUGCAGUUAUAAGAAAAAAAAAAAAGUGAAAUAAGAAUAACAAAUAAUUAAAGAGCAGCAGUAAAUAACAAUAGCAGGGCUGUAUUCAAGGGGUACCGGUACAGAGUCCAUGUGCGGGGGCACCGGUCUCGAGGUAAUUGAGGUAAUAUGUACAUGUAGGUAGAGUUAUUAAAUUGACUAUGCAUAGAUAAUAACAGAGAGUAGCAGCAUCAUAGAAGAGGUGGAAGGGUAAUGCAAAUAGUCUGGAGCUGCUGUUCAGGAGUCUUAUGGCUUUGGGGUAGAAGCUGUUUCGAAGCCUCUUGGGCCUAGAUUUGGCGCUCCGGUACCGCUUGCCGUGCGGUAGCAGAGAGAACAGUCUAUGACUAGGGUGGCUGGAGUCUAUGACAUUUUUUUUGGCCUUCCUCUGACACCGCCUGGUAUAGAGGUCCUGGAUGGCAGCAAGCUUGGCCCCGGUGAUGUACUGGGCCUUACUCACUACCCUCUGUGCCAUGCGGUCAGAGGCCGAGCAGUUGCCAUACCAGGCAGUGAUGCAACCCGUCAGAAUGCUCUCGUUGGUGCUACUAUAAAACCUUUUGAGGAUCUGAGGACCCAUGCCAAAUCUUUUUAAUCUUCUGAGGGGGAUUAGGUUUUGUGUGCCCUCUUCUGCUUGGACCAUGUUAGUUUGUUGGUGAUGUGGAUGCCAAGGAACUUGAAGCUCUCAACCUGCUCCACUACAGCCCCGUUGAUGAGAAUGGGGCGUGCUCUGUCCUCCUUUUCCUGUAGUCCACAAUCAUCUCCUUUGUCUUGAUCACGUGAGGGAGAGGUUGUUGACCUUGCACCGCAUGGUCAGGUCUCUGACCUCCUCUCUAUAGGCUGUCUCAUGGUUUUUGGUGAUCAGGCAAACCACUGUUGUGUCAUCAGCAAACUUAAUGAUGGUGUUGGAGUCGUGCCUGGCCCUGCAGUCAUAAGUGAACAGGAAGUACAGGAGAGGACUGAGCACGCACCCCUGAGGGGCCCCCGUGUUGAGGAGCCAUAUCGGAACAUCUGAAACCCUGUUCCAUUCUGUCUGUGUUUCUGGAACACUGGAGCAUGUUUUUGAUGCCAAGUCUCUGGCCACAGAGUUAAACUCACACUAUCAUAUUUCUCACAUAAAUCAGAGCUAUUUAAUCAAGUAGGGAUGAUUGAAACAAACCCACAUAACCUUUUUAAUUUGCUUGACUAUUUAUAGCUUGCUGAAAUAUGCAUAUUCAUGAUAGAAGUACUCGUUCUUUAGACUUAAGUUUGUAUCUACUGCAAGUUGGAAUGGUUUUGUGGCAUUCUUUUCAAACAAAUGUCUGUCAUGUUAAUAACAAGGAGAUUGUAUUUAUUUUCUUAACUUUGUGUUUUCGUUAUUAUUCUUGGCCAUGGUGAAUGCUGUAGAUAAACAUUUUAUGAGUUGUGUUUUUUCUUCAACUAAUGACAAGGAAAACGAUGGAAUAUCUGUAUCUAAUGUAAAACAUGUAUAUGAUGCUUCAUUUGAAAUAUGCUGUGCCAGAAAAUAUGGCAUUAUGAAAGGUUAGCUGAAGAAUAAUACUUUUGAGCUCAACUGAAACGAGCAUAGCAGCUAUUGAAAUGGUGUAAAUGUACUUUGAUGCCACAACCUAGAUGUCAUUCAUUAAUUUGUGUUAAAUUGCAUGUAGAAUCACAGCUUCUUUUAGAAGUGAAAUAAGAAAUGAGAAGUUGUUUACGUACAGUGCCUUGCGAAAGUAUUCGCCCCCCUUGAACUUUGCAACCUUUUGCCACAUUGCAGGCUUCAAACAUAAAGAUAUAAAACUGUAUUUUUUUGUGAAGAAUCAACAACAAGUGGGGCACAAUCAUGAAGUGGAACGACAUUUAUUGGAUAUUUCAAACUUUUUUAACAAAUCAAAAACUUUUUUAACAAAUCAAGAACUGAAAAAUUGGACGUGCAAAAUUAUUCAGCCCCCUUAAGUUAAUACUUUGUAGCGCCACCUUUUGCUGCGAUUACAGCUGUAAGUCGCUUGGGGUAUGUCUCUAUCAGUUUUGCACAUCGAGAGACUGACAUUUUUUCCCAUUCCUCCUUGCAAAACAGCUCGAGCUCAGUGAGGUUGGAUGGAGAGCAUUUGUGAACAGCAGUUUUCAGUUCUUUCCACAGAUUCUCAAUUGGAUUCAGGUCUGGACUUUGACUUGGCCAUUCUAACACCUGGAUAUGUUUAUUUUUGAACCAUUCCAUUGUAGAUUUUGCUUUAUGUUUUGGAUCAUUGUCUUGUUGGAAGACAAAUCUCCUUCCCAGUCUCAGGUCUUUUGCAGACUCCAUCAGGUUUUCUUCCAGAAUGGUCCUGUAUUUGGCUCCAUCCAUCUUCCCAUCAAUUUUAACCAUCUUCCCUGUCCCUGCUGAAGAAAAGCAGGCCCAAACCAUGAUGCUGCCACCACCAUGUUUGACAGUGGGGAUGCGGUGUUCAGGGUGAUGAGCUGUGUUGCUUUUACGCCAAACAUAACGUUUUGCAUUGUUGCCAAAAAGUUCAAUUUUGGUUUAAUCUGACCAGAGCACCUUCGUCCACAUGUUUGGUGUGUCUCCCAGGUGGCUUGUGGCAAACUUUAAACAACACUUUUUAUGGAUAUCUUUAAGAAAUGGCUUUCUUCUUGCUACUCUUCCAUAAAGGCCAGAUUUGUGCAAUAUACGACUGAUUGUUGUCCUAUGGACAGAGUCUCCCACCUCAGCUGUAGAUCUCUGCAGUUCAUCCAGAGUGAUCAUGGGCCUCUUGGCUGCAUCUCUGAUCAGUCUUCUCCUUGUAUGAGCUGAAAGUUUAGAGGGACGGCCAGGUCUUGAUAGAUUUGCAGUGGUCUGAUACUCCUUCCAUUUCAAUAUUAUCGCUUGCACAGUGCUCCUUGGGAUGUUUAAAGCUUGGGAAAUCUUUUUGUAUCCAAAUCCGUCUUUAAACUUCUUCACAACAGUAUCUCGGACCUGCCUGGUGUGUUUCUUGUUCUUCAUGAUGCUCUCUGCGCUUUUAACGGACCUCUGAGACUAUCACAGUGCAGGUGCAUUUAUACGGAGACUUGAUUACACACAGGUGGAUUGUAUUUAUCAUCAUUAGUCAUUUAGGUCAACAUUGGAUCAUUCAGAGAUCCUCACUGAACUUCUGGAGAGAGUUUGCUGCACUGAAAGUAAAGGGGUUGAAUAAUUUUGCACGCCCAAUUUUUCAGUUUUUGAUUUGUUAAAAAAGUUUGAAAUAUCCAAUAAAUGUUGUUCCACUUCAUGAUUGUGUCCCACUUGUUGAUUCUUCACAAAAAAAACACAGUUUUAUAUCUUUAAAGCCUGAAAUGUGGCAAAAGGUCGCAAAGUUCAAGGGGGCCGAAUACUUUCGCAAGGCACUGUAUGUCAUGAACAAAGUACAUGUCCUAACCGACUUGCCAAAACUAUAGUUUGUUAACAAGAAAUUUGUGGAGUGGUUGCAAAACGAGUGUAUGUAAACUUAUGACUUCAACUGCAUAUUAAAAUUAUUAUAUUUCUGCCAGGUAAAUCCCUGAGUGUUAAAACAUCAUUGCUUUAUUUAAUUUAAGAUGCUGCUGGUGACAGAGUAAAAAGGGGGAGUUAGCUAUUAUGCCACCCCUUAUGUGUCGUUAGUUGAAAACAGCUUUGUUUUCAAAUUUCCUCUCACUAGGUAUGUAAUGAUAGAGCAUUCCAGAAUGUAUUUAAAGGAGAAAAAAUGUAGAACUGAUUUCAAAGCAUUCUAUCCCUUCAAUGAAGGUCUUUACGAUGCUAUUGUUAUAGCUUCCCUACAAAGCUAUUUAUUUUUUAAUACUUUCAGACUAAUUACUACAGUUUCAUCUUUAUUUUGCUGCUGUCUAUCUUCCUGAAUUGUAAGAAAUUAGACUGAUUCAUAAUUUAACAAUAAAGAUGUCUCUUGACUGAAA